AUGGUAGAAGCCUCUACAGAGUUUGAGCCUUCUACUACUCGAGCUAAAGAUCAAGAGGACUCUGACGAUGAUUUUGAUACUGAAGAUUCUACUGCUGGGGAAAAUCCUUUUGGAGCUGUUAUUCAAAAGAUUCGUGACCUCGCAGUUUCCCUUAAGCUUUCUAGUAAGAAGACGCAAGAGUUUCUCGACCUCCAGAAAUCGACUCGCAUUGGCCAGCGACCACUACGCCUCCUCCGCGAUGUUAAGACAAGGUGGAACUCUACUACACUUAUGUGUCUCCGCGCAAGAGAGCUUAAAACAACGAUUUCAGCUUGGGUUGAAAAGCACUCUCUACAGGAACAAUUCUCUCUUGUGGAGACCGAUUGGGAGGCUCUUGAUAUUCUGCUUGAUAUCACCAGCCCGUUUUUACUCUUUACAAACAUCCUCAGCCGGUUAAAUGACCUUACCCCUGGUCAUACCUUUACUUUAUUACAAGUUGCAACAGUUCACUUGUACUUUUGCGCCUCUGCACUUAAAGAUAAAGUUACUAGCAAAGACUUUACUUAG